UCAUUUGCUAUUUAAUGUUUCUCUUGUGCACCAGAAAUGGCAAAGCUUAUGAGCUGGACAGCGUGGUGCAUCAGUGCGAACGCUCACAAAAUUUAGUUGCACUGACAGGAAUUUUUUUUUAAUUAUGUAGAAGCUGCAUAAUCUUUCCAUAAGAAAGCAAGUGGAAACACGUUGUGGUUUAGUGUCUCUGCACUGCAAGGAAAUCUGCAGUUUGAUCAGUGCUUUUACAGACGGAAGACGAUGGAGAAGGUCAUGCUCUUUUGUGUUUUUUCGUACUUGAUUGUUCAGAUCACUUCUAGCGGUAAAUAUAUUCUCCUUUACAAAUUCACAUCACUGACCUUAUUAUCCUUAAAUAUAAUCAAUGUAUUGUUCAUUUCAGAGGAUCAGUUUAUGAUUUUUUCCAGAUGUUUCAGAACAUGAUGUGAGUGUGUUAAGAUUUCAGCUGAAUGAAAGCAUCGCUCUGAAUUGCAGCAUACCCAGCAGAUAUGAUAUGGCCUGGUAUCGCCAGAAUCCUGAAUCUGGACGACUAACACUACUGAUAUUUGCCAGAAGCAUCAGAAAAAACCUAUUUACAGACUAUCAAAACAGUCGUCUGACAGUUAAAGCAGAUAUGCUGAGAACAACAGUCUCACUAGUUAUUUCUGGACUAAUACAGUCAGAUUCAGGUCUUUAUUUCUGUGGAACAAGAUCAGUGAAUUCAGAAAUGAGCUUUGCAAAGCCCAUUAGAAUACAGAUUGAGGGUUAGUUCUGAUGACUUUUCAGUUUCUCUCAAAUUUUCAUACUGUUUUUAAUGCUGAGAAUUAUUUUACUGUUUCUCAAUUUAUUUCAAUCAUAGUACUACACAUAAAAAAGGUGUUUUUUUCCACUGCAAUGCCAUAUAAGAACCAUUUCUGUUUCCCCAAAGAACCUUCUAGUGAUCAGUUCCUUAAAAAAAACAUAGUUUUAGUGUGAAGAACAUUUUAAUCAUCUGUAGAUCUAUUUACCUCUAUAGAGAACCUUUUGUGCAGUGGAAAGAUUCUGUGGAUGUUAAAGGUUUUUUAUGCUGUGUUUGGGCUCCAGAUAUGAAUGAAUUGUAUGAAUGUUGUUGAUGAGUGAUCAUAUAUCUAAAGUGAUCAUAUAAUUUCAGAAAAGCUGACAGACAGUGAGGACGAAGCUAAUUCUGAUGCUGAGAUCACAGACGGGUUGACGCUGAUGGAGCGUGUGCUGAUAUUCGGUGGUGUUGGUCUGGCUGUAUUUGUGUUUUUUCUGGCUAUAAUCAUUGCAGGAAGAAAUAUUUACUAUCACGGUUGGCAGAAAGGAUGGACUGCAGCCGAACAUGCUGGUCUGAGUGAUCAAAAAUCACCUAAAUGACACAUUUGUGAGCUUUAUCUUUCACUCGAUACGUUACACCGAUGGUGGCUCACCAGUGUGUGGUUCAGAUGUGGUUCUGUUGGCCAGAUCUCACUUAGACUUCUGUUGUGGUGAAGCUCAGUCUAGAGGAGCAUUAAUACGUACUGUACAUAUAAGCUGAGUUCAUGAGAAAGUGUAAAUGUCAUCUGUUUUAUGGCACAAACUUGUUCAAAUAAAAUGUCUUCAAUGUUAAAUGUGUUGUUGAGCGUUCUGAUCAAAUAAACAGCAGUAAAACUAAGAAAUCACAUGCUACGGUCAUAUUUUUGAUGGAAAAAUUAUAGAAACGAUCAUUCUUUCUAAAUGUGAUGUAGACCUAAACUGUCUGUGACUAUAAAUAAACAGAAACAAGCACGACUGAAUAAGUGUGUGUCGUCUUUCUUUUGUGAAAAAAUGGUAAAUACCACUUUAUUUCUGUGUGACUAAUUUGCAAUUUUGAAACAAAUCAAUUUAUUAAGAUCAAUGUAUCAAAAAUAACAAAAAUAAUUAUAAAAUACAAGAUACAAAAAAAGUUGAGUAAUUAAUGACAUAAUUUUUGGGUGAACUAUCCCUUUAAACAUUUCCUUGUUUGUACAGUCUUUUUUGCUUAAUCUUAUGUAACUUUAUUAUUUUGAGUUCGAUUAACUUAAACCAUUUAAGGCAAUAAGUUUCCUCAAACUAUUGAAGUAGCUAUAUAGCUGUUUAGACUUAGACUUGUUACCUGAAUUCAAACGGACUGAGUGGAGUAAACUUUUAAUUGACUAAACCGCACUUGAAAAAUACAAGUGACUCAAUGUAUAGGAGUUUACAGUACUCAUAUUUAUUGGUUUUAAAACUUAAGGCAAUUGCUUUGCUUUAAACAGUUUGAGAUAGUUGAUUUUCACAGCAUUAAAAAGGAAGUGGAAACACGUUGUGGUUUAGUGUCUCUGCACUGCAAGGAAACCUGCAGUUUGAUCAGUGCUUUUACAGACGGAAGACGAUGGAGAAGGUCAUGCUAUUUUGGGUUUUUUCAUACAGGAUUAUUCAGAUCAGCUCCAGCGAUGUUUCGGAACAUGACGUGACUCUAAGAUUCCGGCUGAAUGGAAAUAUCAGUCUGAACUGCAACACGACCAACAAAAUCAUAAUGUCCUGGUAUCACCAGAAUCCUGAUACUGGACGACUAACACUACUGAUAUAUACUCUCUAUAAAAACUAUAAAAAAUAUCAAAACCAUCGCAUGAGAAUUACAGGAAAAGUUGGGACCAACACAGCCUCACUAGUUAUUACUAACCUAACGGAGUCAGAUUCAGGUCUUUAUUUCUGUGGAACAUGUGUUUCAAUGUAUUCAGAAAUGUACUUCAACAAACCCAUCAGACUAGUGAUGGAGGACAAAGAGGACAAAGUUCAUUCCGUUACAGAACCGCCAGAGGAUGUUGAGAUCACAGCUUCUACAGUCGCGGUGAUGCUGACGGAGCGUGUGAUGGUAUUCGGUGGUGUUGGUCUGGCUGUGUUUGUGCUUUUUCUGGCUACAGUCAUUGCAGGAGGAAUCAUUCACUAUUACGGUUGGCAGAAAGGAUGGACCGCAGCCAAACGUGCUGGUCUGACUGACUGAAAAAAACCCUAAAUGACACUAAAUUUGUGUGCUUUACUCUAUCACAAUAAUCAGCAUCGUUGUAUGUUACCACUGAUGGUGGCUCACCAAUGUGACUCAGAUCUCACUUAGACUUCUGUUGUGGCAAAGCUCUAGAAGAGCAUUAAAGUGCCCCUUUUAUGCUAUUUGAAAGGUUCAUAAUUUGGUUUUGAGAGUCCUCAACAAUAGGUUUGCAAGAUCAAAAAACAUGCACUUUCAUUAACUCUUUUGUGCAUGAUUCUCAAACGAUUCGUUCGAAGAUUCAUCUUUCCAAACCCCUCCUUUUUGCAUGAGGCUACUCUGCUCUGAUUUGUCGGAUAUACCCUUACGAAAAAGAAGUUUAUUCAAGUGUGCUAUACUUCUUUUAAACUAAAAAUAGGAAAGUAUACUUUUAGUCUACUUUUGUCUACUUCUCAGAAAUGGGCUUUAUGUACUUCUCAGAAAUAUACUUAAAAUGACAUUUAAGUAUACUUGACUUAUACUUAGAAAAAGUCUAAAUAUAUUUGAGCUAUACUUGUGCUCCUAGAAUCCAUGUUUUCAUUGUUAUACAGUAGGGUGCACUAGUACACAUCUUCUGUACAGAAUUUCCAAAAAACACAAGUGAAGAAGAAACCAAAACAACAGACGCUUCCACAUGUAAUCAAACACGAUCAACAGACAUAAAACAGCAUCAAAACUGUGUAACGUUAUGGAAUAAAAUGUCACCAAUGAAGAGGUAAUAAUGAUUGCCAACCUUUGGGGUGUUGAUCGACUCCAUCUACAUUUUGAUUAUCAUUCUGAAUCCAAUUAAUAGUCUUUUUUUCAGCUUUUUGUUCAAAAUGUUGUUUUUUUCUUUAUUUUUUAUUUAUGAAACUUACCCACAUUCAAGUGUUUAAAAAAGAAUGCAUGAAGCUAGAAUAAAAUGUUUUUGUUUACAAGCAGAUAGCCUGUUCUUUCUUUUGAUGUUUUGUAUGUUCAGAUAUUCAUAUAUAUAACAAAAUCUAUACAAAUUAAUACCUAAAUAGGGACAGUAGUAUACUUAAAGUAUGAUGUAAAGUUCACUUAAAGAAAACUUACGAGUAUACUUACAGUAUAAAACUACUAAACUAGUAGUUUACUGAGACUAUACUUCAAAGUGUGCUAAAAAUGCUACUACAUGUAUUUAAUUAGUAAACUAUCAGUAUACCUAUAAGUUCACUUUUAGUAUAGUUGCAGUACAAGCUAAAAACAUUGAUGUAAACUAGUUGUGUACUCAAAAUUUACUACUGUUAUACUUAAAAUAUACUUAAAAGUAUGCUUUUAUGUACUAGAAAGUGGGCCAAUUUAGUCCCAAGGAGUAUUGAAAUAGUACACUUACAAGUAUACUACAAGUACACUGAUAUUUGUAUACUUACUACAUAAAGUAUACUUAAAAUAUACUUGAACUUACUUAAGUAUACUUAAUCAAAUAAACUUGAAGUAUACUGCUUUUUGGUAAGGAUAUGGAGUACUGAUAAAGCACUGCAGUUUGUAAACCAGCGUAUUGUUCCAUCCUUUAUCAUGACUUCAAGUAAUAAGAACAACAGACAUUCUAUAUUAAUCGGCACAUUUCUAGACAAAGCGGGCCUACUGCUGAUCAGCAGAACUAUAACGUGAGUUAGCCAGAAACUUAGUGUAUACAAAACACUCAAACCUACAUAUUUUUUUGCACGCUCGACAGAACAUAACAGCAACAAAUAUUAAUCAUACUUACAGGUUGUGAUUGAGACAAACUGGACACUGACUGAUUUCUCAAAGACAACCUGUUUACGAAUCCUGCAUUGAACCCGUGGUAGUCUGAGAAGCAAUCAUCAGUGAAAUGACUGGAACACAGCAAAAGGUUGUGAUUAUACUGCUGUGGUAUCGUAGUAAAGAUGAAUUCUUCACAGCCUUUGACUGGGUUCAGGUUUUCGUGGGAUGCCGACAGAACAAAGGCGGGCAUUAAGCCAAUGUGGUAACUUGCGACGUGUGAACUUCACAGAAAUGCGAUUCGAAUCACAAAUGACUCGUUUCAGCGAUUCAGAGUUGACUCUUUCUUUUGAGAGACCAUAACUUCACAAUACACUUGCAGCUUUACAACUUUGCAGACUGUUUACAUUCACAUGCAACUACAUUACACACUGCAUGAAAGGUUUCAAAAAUCCAUAA